AUGGAGGCAAAAGCACAUUCUAAAGAGAGCUACACCAAACCCGGCCAAUUAUCAUGGAUGGACCAGGACCUUGCCGACUGCUCUCGCGACUUCAGGCCGAUAUUGCAAGAGCGAGAUUCAGAAACGGGUCUCAGCAGCAGCAGCAGUCGCUUACCUGGAGCAAAACAUAAAAAUAUUCACGUCGGAGUUAUUGGAGCGGGAUUUGCAGGCUUGAGAUGUGCUGAGAUCUUGAUUGAUCAUGGUGUUCAGGUUUCCGUCCUGGAAGCUCGAAAUCGGCUUGGUGGGCGUGUUCACCAAGUGGAUUUACUUGGCCAUGCCGUUGAUAUGGGUCCAAACUGGAUUCACGGAACCCUCAACAACCCCAUCUUGAAUCUAGCCAAGCAGACCGGCACAGCCCUAUCCAUAGUCGAAGAUCACGCGUGCAUCUUUGAUCAAAAUGGCGAGGUGAUUGGCCAUGACAUAGCCACAGAACUGCUGGACCUGGUUUGGGAGAUCAUCCGGGAAGCCUUCAAGUAUAGCAACGAAGAGUGUUCAAAUAUCUCACCAGAAAAAAGUCUGAAAGACUUUUUCAUCGAGCAAGUCGCCGAAAAACGGCUUUCUGCAGAGGAUCAGAUGUUGGUCUUGCAGAUGGCGGAGAUGUGGGGUGCCUUCAUAGGGGAUCCGUUGGAGCGACAGAGUUUGAAGUACUUUUGGCUUGAGGAAUGUCUUGAUGGAGAUAAUCUCUAUGUUGCAAGCAGCCAUGCCAAGAUCCUGUACAAAGUGGCAGACAAGGCACUCAAACAUGCGGAAAUCCUCCUUCGCACCAAAGUGAUCAACAUCGAGAACAAAGACACUUCAAACGGAAGAAAAGUCCUCGUAACAUCCGCCGAGAAUCAAACCUGGGAAUUCGACGAUGUGGUCAUCACCAUCCCCCUUGGAGCACUCAAAUGCGGACUUCCAAAGUUCAAUCCGCCACUUUCUCCACAAAUCACUCGCGCGAUCAAAAAUACUUCAUACAGCCGCUUGGAGAAGGUCUAUAUUACAUUCCCCAAAGCCUUCUGGGAAUCACCAACCUCCUCUGCGCCUUCACCAGAAUCAGACUCACAAUCAACACCCGCAUUCCAAUCCUUCGCCAACUUCCUCCACCCAACCUACUCACCAACCACAAACCCUCAAUCCUGGACACUAGAAGUAAACUCCCUCUCAUCACCCUCAACAUUCGGCAGCAACGCCCAACCAACCCUCCUAUUCGGCAUCUACGGACCCUGCGCAACACACAUAACAACACUCAUAACACCACUCUCCCCGGACUCACCAGAAUACUUCAAUGUGAUAGACGACUUCUUCCGUCCCUAUUACAGCCUAUUACCGCACUAUAGUCCAGAAAACCCGGAUUGUCGGCCGCACGCUGUUCUGGCGACGAAUUGGCAGAAUGAUGAGUUUGCGGGUUUUGGGUCUUAUAUGAAUUUUAAGACGAGUGAAAGAGUCGAGGAAGGGGAAGAAGAGUCUAGAUUAGAUGAUGAUAUUAGAGCUUUGAGAUAUGGGAUGCCAGAGAGGGGGAUUUGGUUGGCCGGGGAUCAUACGGCGCCGUUUGUGGCGCUGGGGACUUUGACGGGGGCUUAUUGGAGUGGGGAGUGCGUGGGGAUGAGGAUAUUGAAGGCAUAUGGAAGGGUUGCAGACGAGGAGGAAGGGGAGAAAGGUCUUAGCAAUGGUGGAGAUAGUAAAGAAGAAGAGAGCUAG